CCGAGCAUCCUACUUUCGCCUUACUCACACACCACCACCCGGGGAAUCCCAAAGCUAGAAGAGGUCGUCGUCCUGCCGUGCGCUCCAUCAAAGGAAACAUAAACCUCAUGGGUCUCGCCAUGCUUGUUCUACCAGUGCUCUUAGGGUUGUUUUAUGGAGCAAGUGACAUUAAUUGCUCAACAGUUCAUGGUAACACCACAGAUCACCGUUCACUGCUUGAUUUCAAAGGGGCCAUCAGAGCGGACCCAAGAGGAGCCUUGCGCUCUUGGAAUGAGAACAUCCACUACUGUAUGUGGUCGGGCAUCAAGUGCAGCACAAUGCACCCAGAACGUGUUACAGUGCUAAACCUUGCCAACAUGAGCUUGACAGGCCAAAUCACACCCUCUCUAGGAAAUCUAACCUUCCUUUGGGAACUUACACUAUCCAACAAUCUCUUCUCUGGCCAGUUGCCCUCUCUCAAUCGUCUUAUAAGAUUAGAAAGCCUUUACUUACAGAACAACUUGUUGCAGGGGAACAUUCCGAAUGCACUUACAAAUUGUUCCAAACUCCUUUUACUAGACCUCUCUUCUAACAUGCUAGUGGGUUCGAUUCCUGGAAAUAUAGGUUCCCUCUACAAUCUAAAGGGAAUUGACCUUUCCAAUAAUAGCCUCACAGGAAACAUUCCACCAACCUUCGGCAACAACACUUACUUAGAAGAGCUACGACUUACCCACAAUCAACUCAAAGGAAGCAUUCCUGAAGAUCUUGGGAAAUUGCCGAAUAUGGGGAAGAACCGGGCGGUGUUUCUCGGUCAGAAUAGGCUAUCGGGUAGAGUUCCAACAACAUUGUUUAAUCUAUCCAAGCUUAUAAUACUGGACCUAAGUAUGAAUAAGCUAAGGGGCACAUUACCAUACAAUAUCGGUAAUCUAUCUGCCGCGCUUCAAUGGCUAAUUUUGGGUGCAAACAACUUGUCUGGGACAGUGCCACCGAGCAUUGGGGCCCUAAAGAACCUAACAGUUUUAGAUCUUGGAGGAAACAACUUCGUUGGACCAAUACCAUAUUCCGUCGGGAGUCUGCCAAAGUUAUGGAAGCUUGAUCUUUCCAAUAAUCAUUUUGAUAGUUGGUAGCACACCGACACUACUGACUGCUAAUGACUUAUUCAUGGUGGCCGAAUGAGCCAGGGAUGCAGUUUGCUGUGCGAGUGCAACGACCCGACGAGAGCUCUGCACCUUCCCGUUCUUGCAUGGCUGUGUCACACUUUCUGUCAACGGGCGUGGUUGCUCUGUCUGGACUACAGUUUUCUAUUGCUUGUUUUCCUUAGCGGUUUCCUAUAUUUUCAGCGGAUCCAUCCCCAUGUAUGUAGGGUUUGUGGAUGUACGCACCUCAUUUGUAUUUCUGUCACCUAGAUGAAUUGAAUAAAAUGCUUCUG